AUGGCGUCCGAGCAGGAGAGCUCCAAUGGGCCAGUGAAGAAGUCCAUGCGAGAGAAGGCCAUAGAGAGACGCAACAUCAACAAGGAGCACAACAGCAACUUCAAAGCAGGCUAUGUACCCAUCGAAGAGGAACGUCUUCACAAGACGGGGCUGAGGGGACGCAAGGGAAACAUGGCUGUUUGCAUCAUUGUUCUCCUCUUCCUUCUGGCCUUAAUUAACCUCAUUAUAACGCUGGUGAUAUGGACGGUAAUCCGCAUCGGGCCUAAUGGCUGCGACAGCAUGGAGUUCCAUGACAGCGGCCUGCUGCGCUUCAAGCAGAAAGCAGACAUGGGCAUCGUUCACCCUCUGCACAAAAGCACGGUGGGGGGGCGUAAAGACCAGGACCUGGUCAUCGUUGGGAACAACAACCCGCAAGGCACCUCCAAGCUGAGCGUAGAAAAGGACAAGACCUCGGUCGUUAGUGAUGUUGGCAUAUCCUUCACCGACCCUCGGACACAGAAUACAUUCUUCAGUACGGACUUUGAAAACCAUGAGUUUCAUCUGCCCAAAGGAGUCAAAGUCCUCAGUAUCACCAGUAGUCCAACGUCUGACCUCAACAUCAAGGGAGACAGCAAGGCCAUCAUUCGCGGUAACGAGGGGGUGAACAUCAUGGGACGGACUGUAGAGUUUAAAAUGGGUGGCGACAUCAUGCUCAGGGCUGAGAACAGCAUCGUUCUCAACGGGUCGGUCAUGUUCAACGCCACACGUAUCCCCAACGCCGCAGGGGGCGAGUAUUUCAACGACAGUCAGGAGAGGUACAAGCUCUGCAUAUGUGAGGACGGGACGCUGUUCCGCGUGCUGGUGAAGUUUCCCAACAUGGGGUGCCAGACAUCAGACAAUCCGUGCAGAAAGGCUCACUAG